AUGGCUGCUGGAACAUCUACCUUGCUUAGCCUGUCAAGCCCUGCUGAUCACAUGACUGAGGGCAAAGGGGCUUCUCUGAGGCCUUCAGUUGAGAAGAGAUGUAAGGUCAUGGAACCCAAGCAGACCCAGCCAGGGAUGCUCAAGAAAAUGAGCCCAGUGGACUCUGAUACUGCCACAGGAAAGGGUAGCCAAGAUGCGGCCUAUACUGAACUGAGCCUGUCAACAGCACCGAACAAGCCUCCACUGAACAGGCCUCUUACCUGCAAGGCAUGCACAGAGCAGAGGCAGAAUAUCCGCCCAGAGCUGUCAUGUCUCCAGGAGAGGCCAGGGGACAUCCAGGCCCAGACGAGGAAGCCGGAGACCCCAGAAGGACAGCUUGGCACUCAGCAGCUGCCCUUGAGUCUCUCCAGAGCCUCAGGUGAUGGCACAGGGUGCUCAGUAUGGCCAGGUGCAGGCCGGAGUGAGCAGAAAAGUGCGUUCAGCAAGCCACCUAAGCGCUCAGCAGCAGAGAAACCUAAGCGCUCCCCCAUGCUUCUGGCUGGUGGAAGUGCAGAGGGCUCAUGGGAACUCUCGGGACUCAUCACCACGGUGGACAUUCCAUAUUGGGCUCAUCUGUCAACUUUCAAGUUCAUGGGUGAUUUCUGGAAAUUACACACGUUGUCACAGAACAUUCUACUCUGCAAUGCUUUCCAGGGUGCUCCCACACCAUGGCUGGAGCACAGCCAGGUGGAAGCACCGGCAUUCUCAGCAUCUUCCUCCACAGCCUCUCGGGCUCUCUUGCCGCCCACACUCUCCUCCCUGGGCUUGUCUACUCAGAACUGGUGUGCGAAGUGCAACCUAGCCUUUCGUCUGACAGCUGACCUGGUCUUCCACAUGAGGUCCCACCACAAAAGGGAGCAUGUGGGCCCUGAUCCACAGUCUAAGAAACGAAGAGAGGAAGUUCUUACUUGCCCCGUUUGCAAUGAGUACUUCCGGGAGCGCCACCAUCUGUCCAGGCAUAUGACUUCACAUAGUUAG